AUGCCUGGCCUCUUACAUAUGCCAUACGAGGUGUUGCUAAGUAUUAUGGAAGACUUCGAUUUUGUCGACGUAGCCAAUCUGGCCUUGACCUGCAAGGAUUUGAAGUUCCUUGUUGUUGAGGAACGUAUCUGCAAACCCAUUACAAAAGCGCGAUUCUCUAGUGAGGCCAAGUCUGCUGUACUAACUGGUGGUGGCUAUGCGCGAGCCCUCCGAAGUAUUGCCAAAAGACGGGAAGCUCUAGCCACGGUGUCCCCCUUUACGGUGACUACUAUUGGAUAUUGUCAUACCUAUAUCUAUUGUAAAGGUGUUCUUUGUUACACACUGGAUAAUAGAAUAAGGAUCCUCAACCUACACGGCUCAGGACACGAUGAGCUUGUGAUUAGUAUCCGACAAUUGCUUAUGGUGUCAGGUAUUCAGAACUAUACCAAAAGAACUUUCGAGAUCCUCUACUGUUCGAAGGAAGUCGUAUCCUGUCUAAGCCGUUCCUUGAAUCCGGACGACCAAACGUUAUGGUUGAUUGUAUUUGGCAUUAAUGGAGUCGAUCUUCUCGUAGAGGAGUUUGUCUCCACUCAUAUUUUUGUCCGUCACAACGAGAAAUUCCUUUACGUUGGAAUCGACUCAGGGGUCGAUACUAGUAGUUGGGUGGUUCAGGGGUACGAUCUUACAACUCAAAAACAGUUUCCACAAAAGGUUGAUCUGCCAGACGUGGUAGGCUCAGUAGUUGGGACUACUGUUUGUUUCGAAAUCCACGGGAGUUACUUCUACGCGCUUUCUACUAGGGACAUAAUGGACACAAUGGAUUAUGAGUCAUACUACUGCUGCUUUCGGUUUCCUUUAGACUCUCCUAGCAAUGAACUACUAGAGCAAACCGAAAUGUGGCGAAGGCGACACGAAGAAGGGCCUAUCGAUGAGAGACAAACCAUUCUCCGUUUAGAUGAAGAUGAGACUACUGGAAAGCUUAUGAUAAUCGAAUGUCGACUAGAAUGGCUCCAAGGCCAAAGAAGGCAACGAACCUACUAUGCUACUGAGAUUAUUUGGCUAGAGGACAAAAGUGAGACCUCGAGUAUUUCCUCCAGGUCUCAGAACGGCUUUGAGCAGACGGAGCCGCCGCAACGCCUGCCCGAAAACACUCACCCAGACAACGGUUUCUUAAUACACACGAUACGUGUUCAGUCAUAUCAAACUCUUUGUGCCACGUUCCUUGACCUUUUUGAUGAUACGGCGGGAACACAAAUGCUACGACUGCACGCAUGCUCACGACAACCGAAGCCUCCUCUUGAAAAUACGUCCGGCGUACUUCGUGCGCCUUCCGAGACCCUCGAAACAGCGUUGAAGGAGCUCUAUAGGGAAGACAUCUCGUUUUGGCCCAAAUCACUUGACACAGCUGAGUCAGAGGAGUUGCUCAGGCUUCUCAACCCACCAAUGUAUUCUGGCGAUGUUCAAGGGAUCGCUGAUGAGAGAUCUAUGGUCUACGUUACGGGGUCUAAAGAUAAGCCGCGACAGCUUAUUUUUGUGGGAUUUGAUGCUACUAUCCGACUACGAGGGGUAAAAAGGUGGGGUGAGACAGGGAAGUAUUUUGAGGGAAGUAUCAGUAUUGAUCGAAAAGGAAAGAGAAAGGAUAUUCUAGAAAGGGGCGCAGAUAUGCAGGUUUCUAGGGGGGAGAUAUUAAUUGAUGUCCAGGAAGAGACGGCCAUGUACAGAAACAUGUGCCUAGGGUAUAAUUUUGGACGAGCACCUGCGUCUGAUUUAUGA